UGUGUGCAUGCAGCAGAUGAGUCAACGACAAAAUAUCUAUUUUAUUAGAAAGACAACCUGUUGGAUUUUUCUGCACUUGUCAUUCCUCUUGUUAUUCGAUGACUUGUAUUAAAAUGAAACGACACCUCAAAAAACGAAUGUAAACAUUUCGAGAACGUAUUACUUAUAACCUUUACCGAUCUUCAUUUGCUCAACAAUUGUCAAGUUGAAUUGAAGUUGGAAGUUGUAGAUUGAUCCCGGAAGUAACGUAAACAGUUACUGCACAGCACUACCGUAUAGUGCUGCACGCCCGAUGGUAUGUUUACGGAGGAAAACUUGAUUUGUACACGACGAAUGGAGGAAAACUGAACAGUGAUUUACAAUUCCACUCAACAAGUCGGUGACGAAAGUUCCUCUCCAAUACACUCCACUGCAGCUGAUGUCUGAUUGUAAAACAAUAAAAUCAUGGCGUACCAUUGGCAGAGCAACACAAAGAAACAGAGCGGAGUGGAGGACAUGGUCCUGUUGACCAAGAUCCAAGAAUCCUCCAUUGUAGAAAACCUCAAGAAACGCUUCCUGGAUGACUGGAUUUAUACCUACAUUGGUCCGGUGCUCAUCUCCAUCAAUCCAUUCAAGCAGAUGCCCUACUUCACAGAGAAGGAACUAGACCAGUAUCAAGGCGCGGCCUCCUACGAGAACCCGCCUCACGUCUAUGCUCUGACGGACAACAUGUACAGGAACAUGCUGAUUGAGUAUGAGAACCAGUGUGUUAUUAUCAGUGGCGAGAGUGGUGCUGGUAAGACAGUAGCUGCCAAGUACAUCAUGGGUUACAUCGCUAAGGUUUCUGGGGGAGGAGCCAAGGUGCAACACGUCAAGGAUAUCAUCAUCCAAUCAAAUCCGCUCCUUGAAGCGUUCGGCAAUGCGAAGACCGUCCGUAACAACAACUCUAGCCGAUUUGGAAAGUAUGUAGAGAUACAGUUCAGCCGGGGAGGUGAGCCGGACGGAGGGAAGAUCUCAAACUUCCUCCUGGAGAAGUCCCGCGUCAUCACGCAGAAGGUCAGCGAGCGAAACUUCCACAUCUUCUACCAGUUGCUGUGCGGAGCAGACGACGAAAUGAAACAGAGUUUUGGUUUGACCAAUCCUGAUUACUACUACUACCUGAAUCAGAGUGGUACCUACAAAGUAGAUGGUACGAACGAUACACAGGAGUUUGGUGAUACACUAAGUGCGAUGUCAGUCAUUGGUAUAUCUGAAGAGGACCAGCUAAGCGUCUUGAACUGUGUAGCAGCCAUUCUUCAUAUAGGAAACAUUCAAUUCAGUGAGCAAGGAAACUACGCUGUCGUGGCUGAGGAAGACUAUAGCUCGAAAGUCCUUGACUUCCCGGCCCAUCUCUUCGGCAUCGACCGGGAGUUGCUUCGCUCCAAGCUCAUCAGCCGUCAGAUGGACAGCAAGUGGGGUGGACAGUCAGAAUCCAUCAAGGUGACCCUGAACACGGAGCAGGCCGCGUAUACCAGAGACGCCCUGGCCAAAGCUGUCCACACGAGGGUCUUUGACUAUCUAGUGGAGUCUAUCAAUCAGGCCAUGCAGAAGGACAGAGAGGAGAUUACCAUCGGCGUCCUGGACAUCUACGGCUUUGAGAUCUUCCAGGAGAACGGCUUCGAACAGUUCUGCAUCAACUUCGUCAACGAGAAACUACAGCAAAUCUUCAUUGAGCUCACUUUGAAAGCAGAGCAGGAGGAGUAUGUGCACGAGGGUAUCAAGUGGAACCCGAUCGACUACUUCAACAACAAGAUCGUAUGUGACCUGAUAGAGGAGAAGAAGUCUCCACCAGGUAUAAUGAGUAUUCUGGACGACAUCUGCGCUACGAUGCACGCAAAGAGCGAGGGCGCCGAUGAGAAGUUGCUGCAGAAACUGAACGGAUCGGUUGGUACCCAUCAGCACUUUCAAGGUUCCAACCAGGGCUUCAUAAUACACCAUUACGCUGGAAAGGUGACGUACACAAUAACCGGUUUCUGUGAGCGGAAUCGGGAUGUCUUGUUCCCCGACCUCAUUGAGCUCAUGCAGUCUAGUGAUCACCCUUUUAUUCAAUGUCUAUUUCCAGAGAAACUAGGAGCAUCUGAAAAGAAAAGGCCAACGACAGCGUCGACGAAAAUUAGAACUCAAGCUAAUCUACUAGUCACCAGACUAAUGAAGUGUACUCCUCACUACAUCCGCUGCAUCAAACCAAACGAGACCAAGAGACCCAGAGACUGGGAGGAGAAAAGAGUCUACCAUCAAGUAGAAUAUCUUGGCCUGAAAGAGAAUGUACGAGUCAGACGGGCCGGGUUCGCUUAUCGGAGAGAGUUUGAUAAAUUCCUUAGAAGGUACGCCAUUAUAACACCAGAGACCUGGCCACAGUGGAGAGGAGACGUUAGAUCAGGCAUUAAGCAUCUAAUGAACGCUGUUAAUAUGGAGCCAGACCAAUGGCAGCUCGGCAGGACUAAAGUCUUCAUCAAAGCACCGGAGUCUCUGUUUCUCCUGGAGGAACAGAGGGAGAGAAAGUUUGACCACUAUGCCCGCAUUCUCCAGAAGGCUUUCAGACGUUUCAAUGCGCACAAGUACUACCUCCGCCUUAAGGAACAGGCCUCUGAUCUAUUGUACAACAAGAAGGAGAGACGUCGUUACAGUCUGAAUCGUAACUUUGCCGGUGACUACAUUGGGUUUGAACAGAACCCCGCAUUGCAGGCUCUGACUGCGCGCAGGGAGCGCAUCGAGUUCUCGGAUAAAGUCAACAAGUUUGACCGUCGCUUUAAGGUGACAAAGCGUGAUCUUCUACUCUCCGCGCGCAACAUCUACCUGAUUGGUCGAGAGAAAGUCGCGAGCGGACCGGACAAAGGUCAAAUCAAGGACGUGGUCAAGCGGUUGAUACCUGUCGCUCAGGUCAAGAGUAUAUCCCUCAGUACGCUACAAGAUGAUAUAUUUGCCCUGCAUGUUGAGAAUGAUUACUCUAGUCUACUUGAGUCCACCUUUAAGACUGAGUUCUUGACAGUACUCAGUAAGAAGUACCGAGAUGCCGCCGGUAGAGACCUCCAACUCAACUUCAAUGACACGAUUGAGUUUGCCGUGAAGAAGGAGGGAUGGGGAGGAGGCGGCACGAGGACUGUUCGGUUCACUCAGGGCACCGGGGACCUAUCUAUCAACAAGCCAAGUGGCAAAGUCAUGACAGUCAGUAUAGGACCCGGACUCCCCAGGAACUCACGCCCCGGAGCACGGCAGGUCCAAGUCUCCCAGGCUGACAGGCGAAACGCCGGACCCGUGGGUAACGGAAGACCAAGGAAAGCACCCGGACGUCCCCCACCCUCGGCCUCCUACGCCAAGGUCGAUAAACCAAGAACUGUGCCGCCUCAUCAUUCGCCACAACAUAGACCAUCGUUACGGACUUCACGGCGUAUGAGCGGUGAUCACCCCUCCCUGCCCAAGGACGGAGCUCACAAGUGGGCGAAGAAGGCUGCGCCCAACGCCUUUAGUCAAGAAUUCCUACAAACGCCAGAUGCUGGAGUGUCGGGGAAAAAGCGGGAAACACUGAUGAAGAAGAAACCUCCAGCCAGGCCCAAGCCCAAGCCCCUCCCAAAGCCUAAGCUGGUAACCUGCAGGACACUGUAUGCCUACGAUGCGCAGGACACCGAUGAGCUGUCAUUCGGCCCUGGAGAGACCAUUGAGAUUCUUACUGAAGAGCAAUCCGGAUGGUGGCGUGGGCGUCUCGGUCAUCGUGAAGGCCUGUUCCCAUCCAACUACAUCGAAAAGAUCUGAGUGAACCUACGCAGCAAACACUUGUAAAUAUUCCCAGAGACAUCUCUUAUUAUGAUGUUCAAAUGAUAUGGUUUCUAUGACAACAAUGUAAGCUGUAUACAAAAAUUAUCUUUUCAUAGUACCAGAUUCUGGGGAAAAUCUGUCAAUUGUUAUCAUAUUAUAUGAAGCAAUAUGAAUACCAAACUAGAAAUUAUUUAGAAGGGUGUUGCUCUUUUAUUGUUUAGCCGACCAACAUGACCAACACUUCAGCUCCGGUUUGUUUAUGAAGCAAACUUUAUCUGGGCUUUAUUCUGGGAUUAGUGCUUUAAAAAACCAAUGUUUUAUGGGUUAUCGUUACAAUUCAUAAGGCCGGAUGUCAUCAGGGACAUGUUGCCACCUACUCUUAGGGCUGAAACAGGGCUACCCCCUUCACAGUCCGUAAGGAUGUAGUCAUGGCUAUCAUCCACUAUAGGAGCCUGACUGGUAGAGCAGAAUGGAUCUUGACUAAUGCAAGUAAAUGGAAAUAGGGAACAUUUGAGCAGGGGUGUUAGAUUUGACUUUAGGUCGACUUUGCCGCCACUUUUUAUGGACCAAAAAUUGAUAACUUCGCAGAAGUUUAUGUAGAUGCAAAACAGAUAACUGCGAUGUGAGAGUGGCAUUAUUUUCGGAUGCGAUAAAGCAAAACGGGUUGUUAAGUUGACCCAGGUAUGUUGUCAUUUACAAAUAGGGAGCAUAUAGGGACCUUUGAAAGAAGCAUAAUCUAUGCUUUACUGUUAAGACCCCAUGUUGACACCACCUUUGGUUCAGUAGUUUAGCAGGUAAAAACACCAAGAAAUGAUGCGGGAGUAUAAAACUGAGAAAAGGGACUUGAACUCAAGUUGAUUUUUUAAAACUAUAUCUGCACAUUUAAUGUCAACGUUAGCUAACCGCUUUUUGGUUAUCAGGAAGGAAGCUGUAAACAUAAAAUAAGGUAUAUUUUUGCAUUUGAAUUUUAAAGAAAAAUAUUUGUGAAAAUUUCACCCCCGUCUUGGUUCGUUUCUCCACACUGAUAUUUCCGAAAAAGCUUGGUCACAUCACAUAUGUUGGGCCUUCCCUUUAAAGAGUUGAAAAUAUAGGAUAGGUGAGGAACUGUGAAACAAUUGUAUGUAUAAGUCCACAUCAUGCCCUUGGCUUAUCCGGGAUGGCUGUAUGUCUGGGUGUCUGGUUGGAUUAGUGACUAACAAUAGAUUUGUUCACAACAGGUGCGUCCCAGACCUAUGAUCACACUACGACUCAUUGUCUUCACAUUUCUUUCUGUGUUUUUAAAAAUGAUAACUUUUUUCUUUUCUUGGUUUUAGAAAAAGUCUCCCUGAAAUAACUAAUUAUUUUGUGAUGUCGCGUAAUAUUGUGACCAUUUUAAAUGGCUUUGUGUGUAUGUCAUUUCAAGAUGUGAUCCCUGGCUACACGGUAGUACGACUGACGACUUGAGCACAAAUAUUGACAAAAUAGAGAGACCCCCAACAUAGGGCUAGAUAGAUCAGUUGGUAGAGUGCCGUGUGUCUGGAGGACGUUGGUUCAAGUCCGACUCUAGUCAAUUUUUCUUUGUUCAACCCCAACUCAAAAGACAUUUCUUUUAGAUGACAGCUGUAACGGAAUGAAUUAUUCAGUGUUUUAAUUCUGUGCAAGUAACAAGUUUUUUAUGACAAGGAAGAGACCCUCAAUGUAUGACUAGAUAGCUCAGUUGGUAGAGCGAUGAUUCGUUAAAGGCAGUGGACACUAUUGGUAAUUGUCAAAGACUACCUUCACUCCAGAGGCUGCUAGUUCAAAUCAUGCUCUUGUCAAGUUUUCUUCAGUCAACCCCAAAUCAAAAGAUAAUCCUUUUAGACAGCUAGAUGUGUUCGGGAUAUUUUGGUUCAGUUUUGGUAGCUUUAACAGAAUGAAUCAUUCAGUGUUUUGAUUCUGUACCGGGAACAAGGCCGCGAUGACAAACACUCCCCUGGGGAGGGGAUUGCUUGCUGGGCUGUUUCCUCUAAGCUUGGACACAAUACUCUUCCUGCUUUGGGAUUGAUGUUUUGGGGAAGUGAUUCAUGGAGGUCAAAGGUCAUGCUUACAGUAAAAGGGGUUUGUAGUCAGUAGGGGACGUUCUUGGUAUCUAGGCAUGCUCGGAGAAACACACACACAGCCUGUGGUUAGGCUAUGACGAGUAGAAAUUGUUUCUUUUGCGUGUUGUUGAAAUUGCGACAAUUACAAAGAGCCUUGCAUAAUGUGUGGAGGGGACAACAAUCUGACCGUACAGUUUUCUUUGAUUGAUUUGAUUGAGACAAAUUAACAUUAGUGCAUAGAGCCUCGCAUAUAAAUGUGUGGUGGGGGGGAGAGGGUGGAUCUAGUAUCAAGUUUUUCUUCUUUUGCAUGGAUUGAGAAAAUUUACACUAGUGUGUGAAGCUCUGUGACAUACUACAUGUACAAUGCAUAAUGAGUGCCUUGAUAGACUGAUUGAUUGAUUGAUUGAUUGAUUGACUAUUUUUUUUGAGAAUCAAAGUUUUCUGUUUUCUGUUUUUUUUUUUUUAGAAUAAGUUUUUUAAUGAAGUUUUCUGUUUCUUACAUUUUGUAUAUUUCUGAUGUGGGGAAAUGCAACCUUACCAAAUUUGAUACAUGGAUUAUGCCUUGAUAAAGUAUGAUGGGAUGAGUUGUGGUUAGUUGUGAUAGGGACACAUGUUAAUCAUAAGGUACACUAGAGUGUUUUUAAAUAUUUUUUAUUGAAAGAGAUUGCCGAAAAUCACCAGGCUGGACAGCCAUUCCAAGGGGUGGGAUACACUUUAUUGGGCUAUUGCCCCAAAUCAACUGCCUACAGGGGCAUGUCUACCUACUCAUGGGGCUGCCUACAGGGGCAUGUUGCCAACUUACUUCUUGGGCUUAAACCAGGGUUGCCCCUUCACAGUCCAUUCCAAAUAACAAUGACCAUUUAAAACAUUCCUUUAUUGUGUUGUUCGAAAUUUAAUCAAAUAGUUUAUCUUCAGGAAUUUCAGGUUUUAUAAAAAAAUUAAGGGGGGUGGGUGUUUGAGUGUCUGACAUUUUUGGAAAUAGUCUGAUCCCCAUAACAUGGAUGAGGUCAGUGAUGGUGUUUGUAUCAUACUUGGAGGAUUAUAACAAGACGUUAGGUCAGAGUUUAAAUGAGUUAACUCUACAACUGUUUUCUGUUUAUUGGAUUGUGGUGUGUGCACUGUCUGUGGAUCCAACAAAGAAACCGGAAAUUAAUUGUAAAAAAAAAAAAUUCCUUGUGCACGUUUACAAAGACUCAAAAUAUACAUUUUGUCAAGUGAAUUGUUGGUAUUUUGAUUUUAACAUUUAGGGUUGAGUGGAGGAUGGUUAAAUACUGGUUGGAAAGGAUGUCAUUUAAAGAGUUAAAAAAGAAAAAAUGACGACAUUGUACAGAAUAUUGUUAGAUGUAUUGAUUUACCAAAUCCCAUUAUGGGAAGUUUGAACUUGAUAUGGAUUUCAAUGAAUUAAUUUUACUAACCAAGAAUGAUGACGGAUGCCUUUUCUUGUAUAUUUUGUUUCCUGUAAAAGUUUAAGUUUUAAUAAUUUUUAGUCCAGUGAUUAAUACUUCUUUGCAAUAACUAGUUUUGUCCAUGGUAUUUUUUAGUUUGGGUGGCUUUGUUGUUUCAUUUGCUUUUUAAGCUGUGUUUACUAAAGAUCACUUAGAAAAAUUCUACUUAAUUAAACAAAAUCAAAAUCUUCCAUUAAUUAUGCAGCAAAAGGCAAUUUUGAAAUCAUAGAUACUAAUGACUAAUUUGAAAGCUGUUUCUAUUUUUGUAUUAUCUAUGUAGUAAUAAUAGAUAGAAGUAAAGCAAAGUGGUGAGUAGUGACUGUCGCACAUCACUUGAUCCUUCCGCAAAAAAGUAAACCCUGGUAUUGAAGUGACAUUCCGUCAUAAGUUGACAGAGGUUUAUAUUUUCGACUGUUUUUUUUUUUUGAAUGUUUUUUUUUUCUUUUCUUUUUUCCAGUAGAGUAGCUGUGAAUAUCUCUUCAAAAUAAACAGAACGUCGAAAAUAGUCAUAGGUACUGUUUGAUGAAGUUGGGCCCUGUGCUAAAGAUAAGUUCAAAAUCUUCGCAGCUGUUUCUUUUUCUCUCAUGAUAUAGAAGUAUUUUCAUAUUAUAAUAAGUAUUUUUUUUUUUUAUGUGGAAUGAAAUGAAAAUUAAUGUAAGUCGAAGACUGUGCCUUUUACUUUCAUGAAGAGCCUGUUGCUCCUAAAAUGGAAGUUGAAAAAAAAAAAAUCAUAGUGUUUUUUUUUUUUGCUUUUUUUAACCAGUCUGAUACCAAAGCUAAAAUAUUAUGCAAAACAAAAAUAAUGUGCGCUGCCAGGGUAGAAAGUAAUGAACUCGAUCAUGGAUUGAUCAACAGCCAUGACAGAAUGCCAAUAGGGAAAUUGUUGUUAUUUGAAUCCCAUUUUGUUUGGGGUCACGAAUUAGCAUACACUAUCCUAAAAUGAAAUAGGUUUUUUUUUAUGUGGCGGGAAAUAAUGGUAUUAAUUGCCUUUUUAUCUUAAAAACAACUUUGUGCACGAGAAAAGGUUGGGGUUGAAUUUUGCUUGCCUUUACUAAACAAGCUGGUCUUGUAUUGAUCAUGUGGAAUGGAAGAAAGAGCAUGUUUGCUGCGCUUCAUUCUCGCAAAGUGUGUGCCUUCACUCUAAUCCGGGUCAAAAUGGAUGCGGGUCCGUUGGUGCCUGAUGAUCUCUGGGUCAGUUUGACCUGGAAUUGUGACAAAAUGACCCGGAAUAUAAUAUGUAAAAAAAUUUCAAAAUGACGCAUAAUCCGAGUUUUAUUGAGCGAUUUUUCGGGUCAGCCCGACCCGUAGAUUGUUCAGCCUGACUCGUUAUGGGGUCAGGGACCUUGGACCCGGAAUCUGGUUCAGUUUUGACCCUAGAGUUUUUAGAGUAUUUUUUAAUGCGUCCUACCAUUUGCUAUUACAUGUACCUUAAGUCAAUUUAAGCACAGUGACUUUGCUUUUUCAGCAUUUUAUAAUGAAAUAGUUGUUACCCCCUUUAUAAGCCCACAAGGAGUAAUAAUCAAAGGGUGUUCGUUUUUUGUAUGAUAAAAAAUAGUUCAAAUAACGCGCAAGUCAUUAUCUAACGAAGGUUGGAUGAAAAUGUUUUAGAAGUUUCCUUAUUUUUGUGUGCUUUCUUAAAUACCGGAUUGUUGCAAAAAUAAUUUGUUUGUUUUAUUGCUAUUUUUUCACAUGUAGUUAGCACAGAUAUUCUGAUGCACAGUUUUGUUUUUAUUCAUUUACCCUUCUCCACUUUCAUUUUAUUUAUUAAAUUUGUAUUAACAUAGACAUUCCAUACUUCGUGGUUUGGUUAUUUUGUUCUUUUGGGCUAUAUUCACUGCUAUAUCUAGAUCAGUAACAAAUAAAUAAAACAAACUUGUUCAGAUGUAAGUGAUGGAAA